AUGGAUCGCCGAGAUGCUGUCAUCACUCCAUCUGCCCGUUCGCAUACUGGUACCACCAGCUACAGUAUACGAGGCUUGCGCGCGCUGCCAUAUGCUGUUCGAAGCCGUGCGCCUGGCCGGCCGGCCGGCUACCCACAGAACCAGCGGAGGUCUCGGGAGUCGUCAUGGGAUCUGCACCAGCUAGAUAGCAUCGUGGGGCGUCGGCCGGCCAUGGCUGCUGUCUCCCCCGCAGAAUGCGACAGGACCUUGGAGCACCAAGUUACCUUGCAAUACACAGUAAAGUACCCAGGUACGCAGAAGGGCAAUUUCGUUUCCUUCAUGGUGCCUUGCCUGCCAGAAAGCCGGGCCAUCGUGCCUUGGAAACACAUGGCCGUUGAGUUUCAGAGCCUGGACAGGGUCCGCCCCGUGGGCCAGAUGCCGCGUGCCCGUUCGGCGGAGAGGGGCGCCUUGCUACAGCCCAGAGAUUCCACGGUGGGUUCGAAUGUUUCUUCCCAGGGCUCGGUGCUCAAUGCUCGUGAUCAGGUCAGACGGAGACUAUUCGAGGCUACUGUGCUAUGGCAUGCACUACCCAGAUACGGCGCCGUACAUGGCAGUACUAUGUACUACUGCUCUCUGCAAGGUCGCGUCUGGCUUACGUACCCCAUACUUUUGCCUCAUCUCGCCAAACACGGCCCCCGUUGGACGAUUGCUGGCCACGAGCCGGCCUGCGGACUGUCUGCGACCCCCUGGCUGGCCGGCCGGGCCCUGGCAGAGGGCCACUUUUGCUCGCGUCAGGGUCUUGUCGAUGGUUUGGGCAUGGCGCCGCGGUACAAGCUACCUCUCGCCUCUGAGCCAAUUUCCAGUUCCCGUGUCCAAUGGCACUAUAAGCCGCUGGACGGGGAAAUUUGUUAG